AUUUUACCGACUCGGUUAGAGGCUUCUCACCGUCGCCAUUUUAUAAUAGUGUUUGAACAUAGAAGAUGCUGUUUGUUUCAACAUUUUGUGAGAACUGAGAAUUAGUUUCAUCCUUAUUUUGUACCUGAAAAAUGACACAGUUUCUGCCACCUAAUCUAUUAGCACUUUUUGCUCCGCGGGAUCCUAUACCUUAUUUACCACCCGUUAGCAAGCUUCCGCACGAGAAGAAAAAUGGAGGCUAUAUUGGCGUUGGAGGUUUUCUUAAAUAUUUUGAAGAUCCCAAAGAUACACCACCACCAGUACGUGUGGAAACAAGAGAAGAACGUCUUGAACGAAGAAGAAGAGAACGCGCAGAACAAGUGGCCUAUAAAUUAGAACAAGAAAUUGCAGUAUGGGAUCCUGCUGGUAUUCUAAAUGUAACAGCAGACCCUUUUAAAACUCUUUUUGUAGCUCGAAUAAACUAUGAUACAUCUGAAUCCAAACUUAGAAGGGAAUUUGAAGUAUACGGUCCAGUAAAAAAGAUAGUGGUAAUUCACAAUACAAUAAAUGGCAAACCUAGGGGAUAUGCUUUCAUUGAGUAUGAGCACGAAAGAGAUAUGCACUCGUGGUGGCCGCUGCCGGCAACUAGUGCCGUUCACUAUUCCAUGCACUAUUCCCUGAACCUGCCUGAUAUGAUAGCUGCUUAUAAGCAUGCGGAUGGUAAGAAAAUAGAUGGUCGGAGAGUGUUGGUUGACGUGGAACGAGCUAGGACUGUGAAAGGAUGGUUACCGCGAAGGCUUGGCGGUGGACUUGGUGGUACUCGAAGAGGUGGACCCGAUGUUAACAUUAAACAUUCUGGUCGAGAAGAUAACGAAAGAGAACGAGAACGAUAUCGUUUGGAACGAGAGAGGGAGAAUUCUGGACGCCUUGAUAGAGACAGAGAUCGUGAUCGUUUGGACAGGGAGCGUAGAAGAUCGCGAGAUCGUAAAAGAAGAACAAGAAGUAGGUCGCGUGAUCGAAAACGUAGACGAAGUCGCGAUCGUUUACCUGAUCCAGACAUUGAAGAGAUUCAGAGAGACGAAAGGCCCCGGGAUAGGAGAGAUCGUGAUCGUGAACGUGAUCGUGAACGGGAUCGUAAGAGGAGACGUUCUAGAAGUACCGAUCGUGAUCGUGACAGAGACCGUAAGAGAGACAAGCGUGAUCGUGAUCGUGAACGUAGAGAUCGGAAAGAUCGGGGUGAUCGUCAAGAGGAAGAUACGAAAGAAAUCCGAAUUAAAGAGGAACCUUUGGAUGAUUACCCUGAUUAUAGCAAUACUUUCUCAACGUCUGGAUCUUACUUUACCGCUGUAAAAUACGAAGACGAUAAUGAUCAAGAAGUAGAAGAGAAGUAUAGAAUUCCAGAAGGUCGUCCAGAUCCCCCUCCCUAUAAUAAUUAUGACUCCGUGCAAGAUUAUUGAUCUCGAUAAAAUAUCUCUUGUAUUGUUCUUUUUCGUUACCACACACGUCACGAUGAAUUAAUGCAAUUGCCAAUAAUGUAUUGUAUUUCCUAUUGUUAUUAGUGUAAUAUCGAAACUCAUCACAUUUGAGUAUUUAGUUUCUGUAUACUUUACAGCGACCAGAUACUCAAGUAAGGAUAUUGCAAGGUAAGCAGAUUUGGACUUGAUUUAUAUGCAGUUAUUUCUUAAUACUUUGUUAAUUCGAAAUUUUCUAUAUUUAUGGUUGGUAUGAAGGUAAUUUUGUGUAAAUGAUAAUUUAGGCGAAUUAAAUGUCAGAAUUACAAUUUAAAAAUUUCAAUUAUUGUAGCAGUUUGUGUAACACCUCGCAAUAUGGACGUGACAGAUCCAUAAAUAUUCAAACUUUA